GUGAGACGUUGUGCUCAGUGUCAGUACUGCAUCCUGCGCUGGCAACAGGGACACACUGCGGUGAAAUACCCGAAUAAAGCCGAGAUUCGCAGAGAGAAAGUGGCCAGGACGAAGCUGCGGUCAUCUCUGUAGCGCGAGCGUGGAGCGUGGAGCGUGCGCUGCCAGCAGUCAGCGGACCGCGGGGGGAAGGAGCUGGGCAGGACUCGCCUGCUGGAAGCCCGAUCGCUCGGUGGCUGUGGGGAACGUGAUGUGAAGCCCCCGUCGACUUGAACGGCGUAGCAGCAGAACAGGACAAGGGGACAGGAGACGUUUCUACAGCAGCCACCACCGCAGCCGGAGGCUCCGGAAAACAACCGCCAGCCAUGCCCGGGUUUGAUUACAAGUUUCUGGAAAAACCAAAGAGACGGUUCCAGUGUCCGCUCUGCAGCAAGGCGAUGCGGGAGCCGGUUCAAGUGUCUACCUGUGGACACCGGUUCUGCGACACCUGUCUGCAAGAAUUCCUGAGUGAGGGUGUCUUCAAGUGUCCAGAGGACCAGCUGCCACUGGACUAUGCCAAGAUCUAUCCAGAUCCAGAGCUGGAGCAGCAGAUCCUGGCGCUGCCCAUCCGCUGCAUCCACAGCGAGGAGGGCUGCCGCUGGACCGGCCAGAUGAAGCAGCUGCAGGGUCACUUCUCCACCUGCGCCUUCAACGUGAUCCCCUGCCCCAAUCGCUGCUCCGUCAAGCUGACACGCCGCGACCUGCCAGACCACCUGCAGCACGACUGCCCCAAGCGCAAGGUGAAGUGCGAGUUCUGUGGCAGCGAGUUCACCGGCGAGGCCUACGAGAACCACCAGGGUGUGUGUCCACAGGAGAGCGUGUACUGUGAGAACAAGUGUGGAGCGAGGAUGAUGCGUCGCCUCCUGUCCCAACACAGCAUGGCCGAAUGUCCCAAACGCACCCAGCCCUGCAAGUACUGCGGGAAAGAGUUCGUCUUUGACACCAUCCAGAACCACCAGUACCACUGCCCCAGAUUCCCUGUCCAGUGCCCAAACCAGUGCGGCACACCCAACAUCGCUCGGGAGGACCUGGCUAACCAUGUGAAGGACAACUGUGGCAGUGCGCUUGUUCUCUGCCCCUUUAAAGAUGCCGGCUGCAAACACAGGUGUCCAAAACUGGCCAUCGGCCGUCACCUGGAGGACACGACCAAGUCCCACCUAACCAUGAUGUGCAACCUGGUGGGUCGUCAGCGGCAGGAAAUCCUGGAGCUGCGGAGGGAGAUGGAGGAGCUGUCCGUCAGUCACGACGGCAUCCUCAUCUGGAAACUGAGUGACUACUCGCGCAAACUCCAGGAGGCCAAACUUCGGAGCAACCACGAGUUCUUCAGCCCGCCCUUCUACACCCACCGCUACGGCUACAAGCUGCAGGUGUCGGCCUUCCUGAACGGCAACGGCAGCGGCGAGGGCUCCCACCUCUCCGUCUACAUCCGCGUGCUGCCCGGGGAGUACGACAACCUGCUGGAGUGGCCCUUCUCCUACAAGGUCACCUUUUCCAUCCUGGACCAGAGCGACCCGUCGCUCUCCAAACCGCAGCACAUCACCGAGACCUUCAACCCGGACCCCAACUGGAAGAACUUCCAGAAGCCCUGCAGCAGCCGCAACUCACUGGACGAGAGCACCCUGGGCUUUGGCUACCCCAAGUUCAUCUCGCACGAGGAGAUCAAGAAGAGGAACUACAUCCGUGACAACUGCAUCUUCAUCAAGGCUUCUAUAGAGAUUCCUCAAAAAAUAAUGGCUUGAGAUCCAACAUUUGUUUGUUUUUCUUUGUUUUUUUUGCAAGGAGAAAGAUGGGUUAAAGACUGGGACUCAUGCUUAGCCUUGAAAGCUUCUACCAACAUACCCUUUAGAUACGGUUUCAAAGUGUCGCCAUCACAGAGCUUGAAGCGAGUCUGUCUGAUUGUGUGAGCUGACAAGAAGGACCUUGAAAUAUUACAGAGGAGAAAGUGUUUGGUCUGCAGAACCAUCACUCUCUGUUGUUGUUGUUGUUGUUGUUGUUGUUUUUGUUAUUGCUGUUGUUGUUUUUUAUUACGUUUUUUUUAUUUGUUUGGUGACCGUGUACAUCAAAAAGCCUUGGAAAUCAAACAGUGCCUAGAGAAUUUAUUUUAAGUAAUAUUUUAGUUGUUAUUUCUGCAGUACAGAUCCUAAACAUUUAUACGAAACCAUGAGUGAAGGGCUUCACUGAGCCCCUGCACUUAGGCAGAACGUCAGAGGGUGGUUUGUCCCGGGUAAAAGAGGAGGGAGCUCAGCAGACUCAAGCCCAAGUCCUCUUGCCUUUUAUUUACACGCUCACGCUCACACUGAUACUCCAGCAAACACAAACACUCCCGAGGUUUAUGUACACACAACAAGCAAAUCGCCGUUUCUGGUGAGGAGACUGACACCACUUUAGAUGCGUGCAUGAAAUGUGAAGCUACGACUCAGCGGCCAGGUCGCUUAGCUUAGAACAAACACUGGAGAUGGGGGAGCGUUCAUAGCCUGACUCUGUGACCCUGUGUUAAGAUGUUGCGCCCGUCAGCCUGCUACUUCCACAUCUUGCUACUUAGUUUAGUUAAUACAUUAAAAAAAUUAAAAAAGCAAAUGAAAAUUAGAUACAAAUACAAAUACAGACAAAUUAACAAAUAAUUGUCUAUAUAUAUAUAUAUAUAUAUAUAUAUAUAUAUAUCUUGAAUCUUGACAAGAUAAAAAGAUAAAAAGAUGCAAGAUAGACUGCCAGAAAAGUGCAGUCCUAGGAACAGCAAGGAUACUGCGCAGAACCCUCAAGCUUCCUGGCCUCUGGUAGAGGACAGAAACUAGUGUCAGUGUUUUAAUAAAACAUGGUGAACAAACAUAUUCAUACCUUCAGUCGCCUCCCUACAGCACAUACACAACUGUCACAUUAAACAAAGGCAUAAUUCAUCCGACAACACUAAAGUUACCGUGGUCUCUUUUACGUUAAGUGUUCCUACUGUCUGUGACUCGUGUCUUUAGGUAGUUCAACCCAGUCGUACGGAGCGAAGGAGAGCACCGAUGUACCAAACACACACUUCAUAGUGACCCUAUGAGGCUUUGUAAAGGCUGGAUCAACCAGUAGGAGGGAAAUAAAGCACCUUUGGUGGGGAUUUCAGAUGAGCCGAGCGUACAAAGAGGAACUUUGCAUUUAAUAGUGAAGGAAAAGCCAUGUGGCCUUUUUAUACAGUAUGUCUUCGCAUAGAGGUUUUAGGGGUUAGCAGGGCAACGUUAACACAUGCAUGCUUCAUGUGCUACCACCCGGACCACAUUUUUGUACUGUAACCUGUAAUCUUGAACUCCUCUCCCAUUAAUGACUUUUCUUUUUAUGACUCUUUGUCUGGACCAUUGAAACAUUUGACAAAUUGUCAAAAGGAACUUUUAUAGUUUGUUUUUUAUAUACAGAAAAUGUGAACGCUGUCGACCUAUAAGGACCAUGAACGUUUGGCACGGAUGCACAGAGGCUGUUAAAGAAAUGCCUAAUGUUAUUGUCUCCGCAGUUACGUGGGAAUGUCCUGGGACUGGCUGCAGCUUCAUCGCUACCAUGGUCACCAGGGUCUCUCCAAUAUACGAUACACGGGAAGGGGGGGGGUCUUGGCCCUGCAUCAUGGGACCAUCAGAGGAACGGAGGACUUUGAUGACAUAGUACAUUCAUGAUGUUUGUGAAUACUAGUGUAAAAAUGCAGAAGCACAUUCUGUCUUUUUAUUAUAAUACAUGGACAAAUUCCUGAUUUCUUGUCAUAAUACCAGCUGAUAUUUUGCAGUGAUUCAAAGACGUGAGAAAAUAAAACCUUUUUGUAAGAUCAUGUAUUUUUAAAAAAAAAAUACUUAGCUGUUUUAUACAAACACCUUUUGUUGGGGGUCGGGGUUGACUUUUCAUCUUUUGGACAUUUGGAUAAUUCGUUUGUCUGUGUGGUUUGAGCCUCACAUAUUCUUUCUGUAUUAUUUCCUCUUACAAGUAUUUAUUUAAGGAGCCAUGUGAGUUUGCACAGAUGGCACAAACGUUUUAAUAUGUUGAUUGAUGGGUGCUUGUCAAUUUCUUAAUUGAAAUAAAAUACCAUAUAUUAUAAAA